CGGACAAUGCCGCCGCUCCGUCGCCCGGGUAACCAUAGCCGCGCUCCGCCGCCACGUUCUAACCUGGGUUCGCGCUCGGCGGCCGCAUUCCAAUCUCUGCCGUGGUCUGGAUAAUGUCGGUGAUCUUCACAAACUGAUGGAUAUGUCGUAGGAUUAUGCAGCCAGUUAAAUCAUACAACUGUGUGCGAUGUGGCAAUGACUUUGCCAGUCAAAUGGCCCUAAAGCACCAUUUCCAGACUAAACAUAUUGGAAAAGUGUAUUGUGAUAAAUGCGGGACUGAGGUACUGCGAGAAAAAUUGAAGGAGCAUGAUCAGAUGGUACAUUGCAAAGAUGAACAUAAUUUGUCAAGAGAGUACCUACAUUGGGAUCAGCCCCAACAGCAUGAGGACAAAUUUGUGGCAUCAGGAAAGAGUGUUUCUUGCCGUAUGUGUGGCAGGAGUUUUGGAACUAUCCACAGCAGGGAGCAGCAUGAAAGGCAAGAUCAUCAUUUUACAGCCAGCCAAAGAGCAAGAAUGUCAACAGCAUUCUGCGCAGAUAGUAUACUGGAUCAAAGAAGUCCACAGCUAUUACAGAUAUUUGUAGAAACAAACCUUCGACCGCAGAUGGGACUCAUGAGAGUGGCUUGUGCAGGGGAAGUAGAAAACUUCAUUGACUUAAUCCAAAAAUGCUGUCCCAUAACUGUAACUCGACUGAUCAAGGGUGGUUCUUACUUCAAGGGGACCGACACCAGGAGUUGGUCUGAUAUUGACGUGGUGAUAUUUAGUUCUUCGUUUUUGAACAUUGAUGACUGCAAAGAGAAAAUAUCUUCCUCGCUAUGUGGUUUGGAGAAUAAUUUGAUGAUAUCUGCGAUGUCGAAUAGGAUAUUGGUAGAAAGGAAGGCUUCACAUUCUCUUCGAUUUCAGUUCAAGUGUUUCAAAGAUCUGCACAUUCACCACUUCGAUGUCAUAUUUUGCUAUGAUUUAUUGGGACCCAUUGCAUCCCAAGAUGCUAAAAGGAACCUAUAUCGGCAACUGUAUAAUUGUGGGGAUGAUGUAAAAAUUCAGCUUUAUGCAAUCUCUUUGCUGAAAUACCAAGUGGAUUUUGUAAAGGCAUCUACUUUGGGUGUGAAGGAUCUGAUUCGUCUGGUUAAACAUUGGUUUAAAACUUCACUUGCUAAACCAACUGAGGCUAAUAGAUUUCGGAGGCUGCCUUCUUCCUAUGCCGUGGAGCUCAUAACCAUCUAUGUUUGGCAGCUGGCAGGAAAACCCAUAUUUUUUAGUUUGGUUCAAGGUCUCCGAGCGGUACUCAAAUUCCUAGUAAAUUACAGUGAUAUUCUCAUCAUCUGGUGCGAUCAUUAUGACAAAAACUUCUCUAUUGUGAAGAAAGUUCUUCAAAAAGAAAGCAGACCUUUUAUUUUGGAUCCAGUUAACCCCUCGUUCAAUGUGUGUGAAAAUAGCAAUGCAUGGGAUGAAGUGACUCAUGUGGCUCAACAAAGUCUAUUCAAGCCACUUCUCAGUGGAGUGCAAGCUAAGGCUCCAUGGCUCUUCACCAAUAAUUGGUGAUUUUCUUCAUCUACAUAAUAUAUGCAUCCUAUACCCGACAGAGAGAAAUAAUAAUGUAUUUAAUUGGCUCACCAUCCUAUAAGUAACAAAGUACUUCCACAGUUAAACUACUAUUGCAGGAAGCCCAGCAGCUAAUUUGCACAGAGCAAGAAUUUAUAAUCAGCAAUGUGAUACUGAUGAGGUGAUACUUUCUUAUGAUAUUCAUUGGGGAAUAACUAUUGGACAGGAUGCAGCCGGGAG